AUGGAAACCACUCCUCCUUCUUUCAAACGUACAAUAUCAGAGAGAAGCAAUUCAGAUUCGUCUGAGUCAAGUUCUCCGUGGGAAAAGCGUCCAAAGAGUCUAGUUGAGGAAGACGAGGUUCUCCAAGCUUUAAACAUGGCCGGUAACGUUAGCGAAAAACUCGAUAAAAUUCUUGGAGAAAUUAAGAAAUUGGAGAAACUUGAUGCAAUUGAGACAACGUUGAAGGAUUUAACAAGCAGACUGGGGAACGUCGAAUCAACUAUCGACAAAAUGAGAGAAGACGCACGUGCUGUGGAUAGUUCGAUCAAAGGUAUGGAUGAGAGUCUUACACAUCUCAACAAAGAAGUUGAAGAGCUUCGUGGAACGGUAGAAGACAAGGAUAAGCAAAUUGAAUAUUUACACACGCAACACCUUUAUCUCGAAUCGUACAGCAGGAGAGAAAAUCUGAAAUUUUUGGCAUACCGCAAAGCGAAGCCAGCGCUUCGGAGGGGAAAGAUGCGGUUGGCACAAUUGAUGUUUUGCGUGAUUUUCUUCAUGAUGUCCAUGGCUUUGGGGAUC